UAUUCAUCACAUUACAGCUUGAACUCACAGUGUUCGAUUGUGCCCACGGUUUUGGCACGAGUCCAGCAUCGCAGUAUCGAUGGUAUCAGGUGCUUUUAUCUCAGCGUAGGCGUCUUCGUGUCCCGUUCCUCCAUCAACUUCGUUCAAUUGAACAUGCUCUUUAUCGGCUUAAUGCCUGUCUUCCAGCUUCUCAACACGGCAUUCUUCAUGUUGAACGCUAUUUAUGCGUUUAUCCCGAAUUUCGGCAUCGUUUGCGCUAUCGUCCUCUAUGAAGGCUUGAUCGGAGGCGCAUCUUACGUGAACACUUUCCAUCAUAUUCACAAGAAGAUCGAUCCUGAGGUUCGCUCAUUCGCCCUGUCGACUGUCUCGUUGGCAGAUUCGGUCGGAAUUCUUUUGGCAGCGCUCACCUCCAUUCCGAUUCAUAACGCGAUCUGUGCUAUGCAAUGGUAUCGAUAG